AUGGAAAGGUAUAAAGGAGGUCCAAAUAAAGCGUCGCCGUACGCUUCUUGGACAAGUUAUACCUGGAGCAAACAUGCUAGCCAAAAGAUUUUGCGUAACGCAGACGUAGAUACAGAAGAUAAUGAUCACCCCAGUGAUAUUGAUCAAUUACAAUCUAAUAUCAUCAAUACAGUUAUAGCAACAGAACCGGAAGAAAAUGACUUCGAAGAAGUCAGAAAGAACGUAUGGAGCGACGUUGAUGACGAACUUUACAUAGCUAACAUAAUAAAAGAAAGGACUACAAAUGAAGUGAAACGCGUAAUACGUGAUACUAGUUGGAGUGUUAGUGAUUACAGUGAGGUUGUGAGUAGUGUUAAGUUAGAUAAAUCCGAUAUGUGGGACCUGGAGCCCACGGACCUAAAGGAGUGUGAUUGUCUUGGACCACCUCCUGAAUUCCUGUUGCCUCCUCCGCCUCGGCCGCCUUUCUUACAGGCGGAAUACUAUUGUGGGGACGAUCCGAUAGCGGAUCUGGAGACCUGCGAUACGGAACCAUUAAUGCAAAAGAAGCAAAGGCAAAAGUCUGUAAAUAUCAAGUUUAAUGUGGAUUCUAAUUGGAAUGUCGCUUCAUCUAGCAACGAUCUGGACAAAGCGUUUGAGCAAGUGACACGUACUCAUUAUUUAGAUUUUAAAUGA